GUCUCGUGACUCUAUGCGGAAGACGGGAUUUCAACAGUGACAACAAAACACAGACGGAGUUUGUGCUAACAUUAACACGCUACAGUUUCCAUUUUUUAAAUCUUUAUCUCGCCACCCAACAGCCCAGCAAUGGACGGAGAUGUCAGAGCAGCUUCAGACGCCGGGCCGCCGGCUUAUUACAGAGGAAAUGAAAGCUCCCUGGUUUCAGCCCUCAAGACACUUCUGUUCUUCACCAUCCUGAUGGUCACGCUGCCAAUCGGGCUCUACUUCGCAACAAAGGCUUACAUCUUUGAAGGUUCCAUGAAGAUGUCAAGCUCUGACAGCUACUUCUAUGCAGCCAUUGUUGCAGUGCUAGCUGUGCAUGUGGUUUUGGCUUUGUUUGUUUAUGUGGCCUGGAACGAAGGCACGCCUAAAGGGAAGGGCAAACACGAUUAAGGCAUGUCCUUAUCAACUCAUAAGACCGGAGGAGACGGACAAAGACGGGCAUGGAUCUGCAGCCCCCCCCACCACCACCAUGGGCUCCAGCACUUAACACAGCACCAUCUACCAACCAACAGGCUGGGGGAUCUGGUUUGCACUUAGGCUUUAACACAAGGUUAAAGCAUGAGACUACUGUAUUCUUCCCUGGCAGGAGGGAGUUGAGGCUUCUGGGUGUGUGUUUUCACCAGCCUCAGCAGGCCCGCUUUUUUGACUUUUUGAUCUCGGAAAAUGUUACUUUUGUUAACAAAGGACGGCCUCUAUUUUUAAGAGGCUUUAUUAUAAGCUGCCAUUUGGCUAAGUGCUGUAAGUCCCUUCAUAGUAAGUUUGAUGCGUAGGAUAACAUCUUCGGUUUUGGAUGAUGGCGGUGUACGCACACACACACACACACACACACACACACACACACACACUAACAAACACUGUAUGUGCUUGAAAUGUUUAUGUAUGAAGGACUGAUUCCAAAAUGCUUUUCAUCCAUAGCGUUUGCACUGCUAAAUUAAUCAUUCUGUCCUCGAAUUUCACUUCGUAUCGGCAAACAUAAACGGAUGACUCGUAACUUCAAUAUAAACCCAUAAUGUGCUUAACUUUCAUGCUGUACUCUGGAUGGAAAUCUUCAUGAUGUCUUGUCCUUAAAAUAAGACUGUCCUUGUGAAAACAUGUUUUUCUUUCUGUUUUAUAUAUAUGUGUGUGUGUGUAAUGUCGUUAAGUAAUAUUUUGGAACUUUGAAUUAGGAAAUAAUUGCAAGAUCAAAUUAUAUUUAAAGAAAUGUUUUGUAUUGAAGAUGUUUGGUGAUUUGCGGAUGUUGUCAGUGAAGAUGUUGUGUGGCGGAUGAGAAUGUUGACUUGCUUAAAUAAACUUGAAACAUGAUAA